UCUCCUUUGAUGAAAGAACAAUAGAAACGGCUUAUCCCUAUUAUUACCGGAGAGGCUGUUUCUAGGACUCCAAUCCAUCCACACCAUUACUGAAGAGGUUGUUUUCGUCACUCUCGUGAAACAAAGAAUAAGUCAUGAUGGGCAAGCAAGCACAUGUAGUGGUUGUUCCAUACCCGGCACAAGGGCAUGUCAUACCUCUCUUGAAGUUAUCACACAAAAUUGCUGAGUAUGGAAUCAAAGUUACAGUUGUUAACACGGAGUUCAUACAUGCCAAGAUCAUGGCUGCUAUGCCAGAUCACAAGGAUGAAGAAUUGCAAAACCGGGUAAGACUUGUUUCGAUUCCUGACGGAUUGGGACCCCGUGAUGAUCAGAGGGACGGUGUUGAAGUAAUGGAGAGUAUCCGGCGAGUCAUGCCGGGUCAUCUUAAGGAUUUCAUUGAAAAGAUUGGCCAAUCAGAGGAGAAGAUGAUUAGGUGUGUCAUAGCAGAUGCAACCCUAGGGUGGAUACUAGAGGUUGCAAAAGAGAUGGGAAUUGAGCAAGCUGUAGUGUGGCCUGCUGGACCAGGGGGUUUACUCUUGCAUCCUCACCUUCCAAAGCUUAUUGAAUUAGGGGUUUUAGAUAUGAAUGUAACUGUUUUGAGAAAUGAGCUCAUCAUCUUGUCAAAGGACGUUCGCUUGGAGCAGCACCGAGUUUAGUUGGUGCAACACAAGUGAUCUCAAAUUACAGAAGAUUUUCUUUGAAAAUGUUCUGUCCAUCAACCAAAGUGUGGAACUCUCUACCUGUCUUAUGUGCAACCCAUUCUAUGAACUCAACUCGUCAAUUUCCCAGUUGGUUCCCAAAAUGUUGCCUGUCGGACCACUACUCACGAGUGAUGAACAGAGGCGUUCUACCGGAAGCUUGAGGCUCCAGGAUUCAAUUUCACAACAGAAGCUAUAUUUGUGAUGUCUGGAAAGUUGGUUUAAGGUUGGAACACGAUGAAAAUAAGAUUGUAUCAAGGCACGAAAUUAAGAACAAGAUUGAGAAAUUGCUUUCUGAUGAUGAUAUGAAAGCAAAUAGUUUGAAGUUGAAGGAAAUUGCUAGAAGGAGCAUUGAGAAAGGUGGAUCUUCUUGUAAGAAUUUAGAAAGAUUUGUCCAAAAUCUGAAACAGUGAUGAAGAUGAUGAUUGAUGCAACUAGUUUUACUGUUUGUUAGACUCUGGCAAUUCAAUGCAUUGUUGUAAAAUCAUGAAUUGAAAUGUUAAUCAUUUUUGUUGAAAUAAGAAAUGAAGUUUUCUAAAAUGCAGAAUGAAAAUAAAAUAAAAUGCCUCAUAAUCCAA